CAACAUCAAGGAAAACACGAACUGGCUACUGCGCGCUACGCUGUAAGCUGCGCUGGCUGCCAUGGUAUGCUACAACUGGCUAGCUACCGGUAGCUAGCUAGCUGGUGUUCACGAAGGCUCCUUUUCUUCGAUUGCCAGCCAACGACCAACGACACUCACAUCGCAACCAAUCAGUCCUACUUUGGGUCUUCUCUUUCUAGCUUUGACUUGGUUUAAUCGCACCCCAGCCAAAGUCAAAGCUCCAUCACUCCAUCACCAGUCCAUUGAGGGGCGUUCUGAAGCGUAAGAAGAUAUCAUACAAGUGCCAACCGUGGGUAGCGUACCGGUGCCAUCAGAAGAUCGACAGAUUGAUUCCUCCUCUUUUUGUAGUCAAGGCUAGCUAGCAGUGUUAGAUUGAAGGAUGAAAGAGAGCAGAAGAGGCAAGGCACCCAGAGAGCUCAGCCCGAAAGUAAAGUCAGCUUCUGUUUGGAAAGCCCCACCGUUUCCCAUUAUGGAUCCUGAUUGCGAGGCUGAAAAGAGGCCAGUGCCGCUGAGCUUCUCGGAGAGUGAGGACCUCCUACUUCCGCGAGAUUAUCUUCCUACAAAGUAUGAUGUAAUCAAUGGCAGAGGCAAGAAAGCAUACAACCAUAUCGCCAAUCGCAGGUUCCGGCAGAUCACUGCCAUGAACGUCAAGCGUUAUCAGAAUACAAAGUGCAAGGUGGACAAGUCGUUGAUUGUCAUCGGCAUUGUCAACUCCAUAAGGAAGGCUUCUCCGUGUGGUGGGUUUAUCAAGAAAUGCCAAACCACCGGUCGCUGGAUAUCCAUGAGUGAUGAAGCGGCUCGAGAAAAGGUUGGCCACUGCCUUCGUGACAUGAUUGCAUCCAAGCGAGAUGAGAAAUCCAAGCAAGCCAAGGUAGCUGCCAAAGAAGAGGCCGCGUUGAACGCCGCCAUGCCCAAGAUGCCCAUUAGCACUCAUUUGGCCAACGCAAACAGCAAGCCUCGGGCUGGCAUGCCGCAGAGCAGAAGGACGCCAUCGAAACAGUCUUCCAAGUCCACAGCGGGCAUGACAGGUGGUCGGAGCCAGGCGUAUGUGGCGACGAGUACUGCGUUGGAACCUGUGGGUAACUUUGCGAGGCAACCACCCAUUCCUGUGUCGUUCAACCAGCAACCGAGUGUGGCCGUAGAGAGGAGGACCAAGCCUAUCUCAAGCAGCUUGAACAAUUUUGACAACAUCUCGGCCAAGGGCACCCAAGACAUGUCGGAACAGCAGCGCAGGAUCCUCAAGCUGCUGGAAGGAGGAUGGAAGGGAUCCAUUGAAGACCUGAUCAAGUUAGCAAGCUAGCUAGGGGGCAACCAUUUGAACUUUAAUAAGGUGUUCUUUUUGCGUACUAGUGACUAUGCAUACUUGGUAAAAUAAUGAAAGCCUUCUCAUAGACUACAAGUCGCAUUGCAUCCACUUUCCCAACGAGCUUGUGACAUGUGACCAUGGAGGGUCGAAAUCUUAGCUCGAGAGAAAUGGUUGGGGUGGGUGUACAGGCAGCAUGCAAGGCUGCAGAACAUGCCCAUCUGGUUUGUUCUUGGAACUCGAAUGGUAGGCUGGAAUGUCCGACGGUUUUCACUCAGGCUUUAAAAACGGGCACGACUGACUCAUAAUCCUGGUUCUCAUAAGGGGUUGUUUAAGGGGAUGUUGAAGCUUUAAGGGGU